AUGAACAAGCUGUGGCGAAGGAUCCGCAACAGGAAGGACAGGAGCACCAUAUCUUCGUCGGACAGAAAUGCGACCCUGAACAAGUCACCGGAGCUGGUGUUGUUGGGGAACCCCGUGAAGAGGUUCGAUUUGGAGGAUGUUUUGAGGGCGAGGAAGCAGGAAUUGGGGAAAGGGGCAUUUGGGACGACUUACAAGGCUGACCUGGAGGAUGGCACAACCACGGUGAUCUUGAAGAUGCUCAAGAUUGUGGUCUUGUCCGCUGAUGAUUUCCGGGACCAGGUUGAAGCUAUCAGUGCGAUGGACCACAAGAACCUGCUCCCUCUGAGAGGCUACUUCUACAGCAAGGACAUGAAGUUCCUCUUGUACGAUUACAUGCCCCUGGGAAGCUUGUCGGACCGAUUGCAUCCAUAUAGUCGAUGGAAAGGAACUGCCCUGAGCUGGGAAGUCAGGCUUUCGAUUGCCCUUGGAGCUGCCCGGGCCAUCGAGUACCUGCACGCCCAGGAUAACCAGCACGGGAACAUCAACUCGUCCAAAGUACUCCUCAUGCCAUCCUAUGAGGUCCGGGUCUCCGGCUACGGCCUCACAUUCCUCGCAAUCCCUGUCUCGGAGGGCGAGGCCAAACUGAGGAUUGUGGAUGUGUAUGGCUUCGGGGAGUUGCUUCUGGAGCUCCUGAUCGGGAAGCUGCGCACCCAAGCUCUCCUCAAGGAGCAAGGUCAAGGUCUAGAUCUUCCUAGGUGGAUCCAGGACGUUCUUCGAGAUGAGAGGUUUGCCGAUGUUUUUGAUGUGGAGCUCAUGAGGUACCAGCACAUUGAGGCGGGGAUGGUUAAGCUGUUGGAGAUGGCGAUCAGUUGUGUAUCCCCGAAUUUGUAUGAGCGCCCUCAGAUGUCUGAAGUGAGGAGGAAGAUUGAGCAAUUGUGUAGUCCUGGGGGACAGCGAGAUGCAUCAUCUUCUCUUAUUCCCAGUUCACAGGUAGACAGGGACUUGCAGCUCAACCAAUUCAGCCAAGUGAACAAUGAGAUACAUCCUCGGAAACCACCAGAUGGGGUUCUGGAAGUUUCUGAAAGAGUUUAUGUGUUUGAAUACUGUCUUACCACGGAUUGGUCCUUUUUCGACCAAAUUUCCACGGACUGGUUGAAGGAUGACGAAUAUGAGUUUCACAUGAGAGGCAUAGUUGCAAAACUCCAAGACCAAUUUCCUGCUGCCUCUUUCAUGGUGCUCAAUUUUGGAGAGCAAGAAAACCAAAGCCAAAUGGCUAAAGUGUUGUCUGAAUAUGAUAUAACUGUCAUGGAACUCCCUCAAAAUUAUGGAGGUUGCCCUAUACCGAGAGUGGAGAUUAUCCACUACUUCUUGAGAUCUGCCGAUGAAUGGAAGAAGCAGGAUGGGGAGCAGAAAACACUCGACAUGAUUUACAAGAAAGCACCACGUGAAUUCUUGCUGCUGACAUCGACACUGAAUCCGUUGCCUUCCGAGCUGAGAUACCUCCACUAUGUUUCCACAUGGAAAGCUGGUUCGGAUUGGCCUCCACCAGCUAAAGCACUUGUGAUAAAAAGUGUUAAACUAAGUUCAGUUCCUCAAUUGGACGCUGAAGGGGGAUGGCGUCCUAUUGUUAAGAUAAUAGGACGGGACACCUUUUUGGUUGCUGGUCAAACUCCCAAAGUUCUGUACUCAACACCAAGAAGGAAUGGAUACAUGAGGCAUUACAAACAGGAAGAUGGUGACACGGUUACAUUGGACGUCCAUUGUAAUGUUCAAGGCGAUAUUGUGCUCGAGUAUAUGAGUUUGGAUGCUGAUCUUCAACAUGGAGAAUCAAUGUUUCGUGCAAUGUUUAAUACUGCCUUCAUAUCGGAUAGUGUUCUGAAGCUUGAGUUGGAGGGUAUGGAUGUCCUGUGGGAUCGCCAGGAUCGAUAUCCUAAGGAAUUUAUGGCAGAGAUUGUUUUCUCGCAAGUGAAUGCUGCUACUUCGCUCGCAAUGGUUGAUUUUGCCAGUGAUGAGGAGGAAAAGGAGAGCCGAAUACAGAAAAGCAUGAUGAAGAUUCUACCUGAGGCGCUGCCUCCUAAAGGGCGAGCUGUCCACUCUAUAACACUAUCAUAUGAUGCCAAUACAAGUGCUGAUGAGAAUGAAGUUCCAGAACUGCCAGUACAGUCCAAUAUUAAGUCCACAUCGACUUUGCCACCAAUGCCACCUUCGCUGUCAGAAAGUUCGGUUCAUUCAGCUCUUGAGGGAAAUUUUGGAAGUUUUGAAUCAGCCACAAAAUCACUGUACACUUCACCAAGUUUCGAGUUGGAUAAAAAAUAUGGCACGACUGUGGAAGGGAAUGGUCCAUCAUUCUCACCGUCCGAUCUCACAGGUGAUAACACAGAAUCUGUGUGGGGGGAAGAAAUAGCAGCUGUGACAGAAACAAAUGUUGGGGUGACUUCUGUCAGUGACUCAGCAUCUUCGUUGGCUGUCAAUAGUGGCAGUGUGGAAGCUACUGCUUCAGGUGUCUCCCGCUCAGCGCAAUUCCCUGAUAUGAUGCUGCCAAAACAGGAAAAACUAUACCAGCAGAAUGGCUCACCGUCAUCAGCCUCCAUGUCUUCUGGAUAUGACUACGAUGUCUUCCUGAGUUUCAGAGGGCCAGAUACUCGCUCAGGCAUUACAGAUUUCCUCCAUACCAGUUUGUUAGCUGCUGGAAUUCACACAUUUAAAGAUGAUGAAGAGCUCCGAGUUGGAGAGGAGUUUGGUCCUGAGUUGCUCAAAGCUAUCAGCCAAUCAAAAGUUGCAAUUCCCAUCCUUUCUAAGGGCUAUGCCUCUAGUAAAUGGUGUCUUGAUGAGUUGGUCCAAAUGAUGGAGUGUAGUAUAACCCGGAGACAGAAGGUUAUGCCCAUUUUUUAUGAUGUUAGUCCGGCGGAGGUCCGUCAUCAAAUUGGGUCUUAUGAAGGAGCCUUUCUUUCGCACGAGGAUAAAUUUGAUGCGAACGUCAGUAAAUGGAAAGCUGCUCUCAACCACAUUGCCAAUCUAAACGGAUGGGACAAUUCGAAGAAGAAUAGAGGUGAAGGAGAACUGGUAGACGAGAUUGUCCAGGAGGUUAUAAAAGAGUUGAAAACAGCUUAUCUACUGGUGACAGAUUGCUUGGUAGGAGUCGAAAAUCAUACGAAGGAAAUCGAUACCAUGAUGUGUGGCGAUUCGGAGGAUAUAAGAAUUCUCGGAAUCCAUGGUAUGGGGGGUGUAGGAAAGACUACUCUUGCCAAAAUCAUCUACAAUCGGCUGUCACAUCAUUUUGAAGCUUGUUGCUUCCUUUCUAACAUCAGGGGAACUGCAAAGCUAAAGGGCAUCGAAGGUUUGCAGAAUCAACUAAUCUCCGACGUUCUCAAAAAGCAGUGGUCAAACAUUAGCAAUGUUGAGGAAGGAAAGAAGAUAAUAAAAGAAAGGUUACGCGGUAAAAAGGUUCUGGUGCUAUUUGAUGACGUUGAUCAAAUGACUCAUUGGGAUGCACUAAUAGGAAAACCUGCAUGGUUCGGUUUAGGAAGUAAGAUUAUCAUAACUAGUAGAAAUAGGGAUAUUAUUGAUGUUCCUAAGGUUUGUCAUCCAUAUGAGCUUAUGAGCCUGAACUUCAACCAAUCUCUUCAACUUUUUUGCAAACAUGCUUUUGGAAGAGAUUACCCUUCGGACGACUAUGUUGCUUUCUCCACAGAAGUGGUCAAAAGUACCGGAGGUCUUCCUCUUGCUCUUGAGGCUAUAGGAAAACUACUUCCGUGCCGAAGCAAAGAUGUUUGGGAUGUGAUGUUGAAGAAGUUGAAACAAGUUCCUCUCAACGAAGUAAAACGGAAGUUGAAAAUAAGUUAUGAUGCAUUGGAUGAUUGGCAAAAGCAUAUCUUUCUUGAUAUAGCCUGCCUUUUCACUGGAUUUGAUCAUAGGAUAGUGCUCCACUCUUGGAAAGAUUCCAAUCUCUAUCCAGAGGAAGGUCUUGAGGUCCUUCAGAAAAUGUCUUUGAUAAAAAUUGGCGAGGACAAUAAGCUAUGGAUGCAUGAUCAGUUAAGAGGCCUUGGUAGAGACAUUGUUCGUCGAGAAUGUGAUAAGGAACGGAAAAAAAAGACACAAUUGUGGAACCAUGCCGAAGGUUUGGGCACGGUGAUGGAAAUGAAGGGAACAAAAAAAAGUGAAGCUCUUUGCCGAAAAUUUGACCCUCAGUUGCUCUGCUGUUUUGCGAACGAAGAAGUUGGGAGGCUAUCAUAUCUAAGAUGCCCUGAAGUGAGGGUUUUUCAGGAUAACAGGCCUUCGAAUGACAGAUCACAUGGAAAUUCGACAUGUUUGAUGAUGAGUAGGAUAGGCAUUUGUGUUUGUCAGUUAGGUAGACAGUUUUUUUUGCCGUCCCCUCAAUAGUGACAAUAAACAGACAUAGAAUGUACACAUUAUAUCUAAACAAGAGUUUCAUUAGAUCAUCCUCUCGUCGUGAAAUAAUUGGAGUUUUACCGAGUACAAUAGACCAACAUCAAGGGCUCUUGU